AGGUAAAAACAGAAGAGUAAUAAAAUUUCAGCUCCUGUAAAAAGUUAACGUUUGACAGCAGCAGCUGUUAGCGUUUAAAAUUUGAGCUCCAAAACACCCCACCGCCUGGACAAAUCCAACAAAACAAGUACUGAGAAUGGAAGAUGGUGGUGGUGGAGUCGGCGUUAGAGACAAGGGUUCAACUCCGGUGACUAAACCAUCAAAGUUCGAAGUGUAUAAAAACCCAGCUUUAUCAGCUGCCCUAACCGCUAACAGUAUCCAGCCCUCAAAAUCUACUUUUCUUUUUAUAUUUUCGCUCUCUUCCGCCUCUGCUUUCGUUCUGCUCUCUGUCUUCUCGAGGGAAAAUGGACUAAUUGAAGCAAUGGGAUUCACGAAUUUGCCUCAGGAAGCAGCAUAUAUAUUUUCCAAGGCUGUACAAACUUUGGUGGGUUUAGUUUUUGUUGGAUCUUUAAUUGCCCUCUUCAAAGCUAUUUCUAUGCACAGGGGAAAAGAUGCAUUUGGUGUUUCAACAAAAUCUCUCUCUAAAGAAACAAUGGAUAAAUCACUCUUAACAAGCCGCCAACUGGGGCUUUUGGGAAUAAAACCAAAAGUUGAAUCGGUUGUAACUGAAUCUCCAAAGAAGCCUCCCAAGUCCAAACCUAUAGUGUCUUCUUCAGAUGUCCUUGUUCCAGUCCAUCAAUCAAUUAGCAGCUCCACAAGAAAGUCCCGAGUUGGCUCUGAUAAAGCAAUUGCUGGCAGUGGAAAUAAGAUGACCUCUUUUAGCAACCCAUCCAAAUCACAAUGCUCUCCAUCUUCUUUGUACCUUGUACCUGGGGCUAGUUCGCCUUUAACUUCCACUCAUUCUUCUCCUGGAAUUGAUUCAGCAGUCUCAACUCCUUGGUCAAGUAAGCGAGCCUCCUCUAAAGAGAUACAAACAGAAGAACAGCUUGAGCGCUUCUUAGCAGAAGUAGAUGAGAAAAUUACCGAAUCAGCAGGGAGGCUUGCAACACCACCACCCAGCCUUAGGGGUUUCAGCGGAGCUAGUCCUAAUACUGUGGCAAGUCCAGCUAAUGCAUCUGGAACUAAAAGGAGCACACCUUUGAGGCCUGUGAGGAUGUCUCCUGGUUCCCAGAAAUUUACCACUCCCCCUAAGAAAGGAGAGGGCGAUCUUCCUCCCCCAAUGUCCAUGGAAGAGUCUAUUGAAGCUUUUAAGUAUUUGGGCAUCUAUCCUCAAAUUGAGCAAUGGCGUGACCAUCUCAGGCAAUGGUUUUCAUCAGUUCUACUCAAUCCUCUGCUUAACAAGAUUGGAACCAGCCACAUUCAGGUAAUGCAAACAGCUGCUAAACUUGGUAUUUCAAUUACAAUCAGUCAAGUGGGGAGUGAUUCAUCAGCUAGUGGAACUCCUACUACUGUUUCUUCAGUUGAUAGGAAAGAAUGGCAACCAGCUUUUGCACUUGAUGAAGAUGGAAUUCUCCAUCAAAUACGCGCUACUCUUAUCCAGGCUCUUGAUGCUUCCAAGCCCAAGUUGCCUUUGGCCAAUCUGCAACAAUUUCCACAACAAAAUCCUAUGAUCCCUGUCAUGCAGGAGUGUUUGGAUGCUAUCACUGAACACCAAAGGCUUCAUGCACUGAUGAAAGGAGAAUGGGCCAGAGGUUUGCUACCACAUAGCAAUGUUCCAGAGGAUUAUAUGGUACAGAGGAUUCAAGAGCUUGCUGAAGGAACCUGCUUGAAGAAUUAUGAGUAUGUAGGAGGUGGAGAGGUCUAUGACAAGAAGAAGUGGAGUCUCGAGCUCCCUACAGAUUCGCACUUGCUGUUAUAUUUAUUCUGUGCUUUCCUCGAGCACCCAAAAUGGAUGCUUCAUGUGGAUCCUGCAUCUUAUGCCGGAGAGCAGUCUAGUAAGAACCCUUUAUUCUUGGGGGUUCUGCCUCCAAAAGAAAGGUUUCCUGAAAAGUACAUUUCUGUCAUAUCCGGUGUUCCUGCCACUCUUCAUCCAGGAGCUUGUAUACUGGUUGUAGGAAAGCAAAGCCCUCCUCACUUUGCCUUGUACUGGGAUAAGAAACUGCAAUUCUCUCUUCAGGGAAGAACACCACUAUGGGAUUCCAUCUUGCUUUUGUGCCAUAGGAUCAAGGUAGGAUAUGGAGGCAUAGUUCGGAAUUUGCAUCUGGGUUCAUCAGCCUUAAACAUCCUCCCAGUUCUCGAGUUAGAAAAUGAGUGACUAUUCAUUACACACGCUGCAGACCUGCUUAUGAUGGAAAAUGGCACUCAUCUCAAUGUAAGGAACAACUUGCGGAAAUGGUUGAAACUUUGCUCAAGUUGAAAGGGCUAAGUAUAAUUUUUGGCGGUGAACGUUUCUUUUCAUCCAUUGGUAAUUGACCUGGAUCACUGAGGGCUUCUGGUGAUGAUGCAUGUCAUGAUGGUUGUGUUAAAGUUUUCUAGAGAUGAAUUGAGAAGUGACCAAAAGAAAUUUAGGCAAAAUUCUUCCAUCAUUGUACUAAUGCACAACUCUUUAAUUUAGAUUCGAACUAUAUCAGUUCUGUAGAUUAUUAAGCUCAAUUGUUGUGUUCUGAAGCAA